CAUACCCCCACCAGGAACCCGCCGGGACUGUUCUGUAGGACGCCGCUCUCCGUCACUUCUCCUCCUCCCUUUUCUCCAGCCUUUUCUCUCUCUCGCAGCCAUGGGCGGGAUCCGAGCCCAGGAGACGAGAGCUAAGAGGCCCUCCCACCCGAAGUACAGCGCCAUGGUCCGCGCAGCCAUAGGGGUCCUGAGAGAGCGCCUGGGGUCGUCCCGCCAGGCGAUCCAGAAGUACAUCCUCACCACCUACAGCGUGAAGGACGAGAAGAAAACGUACACCCACAUCAAGAUAGCGCUGAAGAGGGGCGUCGACAGCGGGUGCCUGACGCAGAUCCGAGGAAGCGGGGCCUCCGGUUCGUUCAAACUGGCCGACGCGCGGAAAGCCGAGAGUCGAGGUCCGAGGAAGACCAAAGCGCACGGUUAUGUCUGCAAGAAGACGUUCGUGAAGGUGGCUGGCGCCGAGAACCCAGCGGGCGGGAGGCAGACCGGCCAAAGGCACCUCUCCAAGGCGGACAUGGAGGAGAGGUCAAGAAUGAGGGAUUUCAUCGCCCGGGAAGCCGUGACAAAAGCAAAAUCCGCUAACAGGGUAAGUGUUAAGCAAUCGUUUACAAGAGUAAAGACCCUUAGCAGGACAAGUGUUAAGAAAUCUAACAAUAUGACUGUCAAGAAAUCUUUUGUUAAAGCAAAGACCUCUACCGAGAUCAGUGUUAAGAAAUCUAACAUGUCAGCUGUUAAGAAAUCAGUAACGAAAGCAAAAGCCGAUAACAAGACAAGUGUCAGGAAAUCUGCCAGCCAACUGCCCAGCAAAGGGAAACCAAAUACACAAAAAUUUACGCUGAAGAAAGCUGCCAAAGCCGUCGGACGGAAGGCGACGAAAAUGAUUAAGAAAACAGCCGUGGCUGUUCGGAAGAAAUUAAAGGAGUAACUUAU